AUGCCAAUCACAAACCUGGUGAUAAUGAGAGGAAAACGAGUUAAUGUAAUGCAGAUGGAUGCCCCAAUCAUCGACUUUAUCGGCCUGUGUGAAAACCCCUUUCUAAAUGAUUGCUCCGAUCCAUAUGCCGUCGCUGUUCUGCUUGAGACUGAUCUGGUUAUAUUGGACCUAUUGUCACUAAACUUUGCUCCUUUUGAGAAUCCCUACCCGAUGGACCUCAAUCUGUCUCCAGUCACCUCUAUCGAAUAUCUCAUCGACUGCCCCGGUGAACUCAUAUCAGCUCUUUACUCUCUUAACAGCCGAUCUCGACGCAUUGGCAGCUCAAGUUGGGGUGGUGGUGCAGCUGGUUGCACAGGGAGUGGAGGAGUAGCGUUCACCACACGUGAGUGGCCUAUCAACGGUGGAGAAUGGGGUACUACCUAUUCACCAUAUCAGGAGCUCAUAUUCACUGGGUGA